UUCGAUGAUCACCAAAGAAAUGAAAAGUCCCAAAAUUUUCCCGCCGUUUCUUCAGGAACCCUAAUCGGCGUCCUCUGAUUUCAACUCAUCCGUCCUCCCGACAGCGACCGAAAUCCUCCAUUUCCACGAACUGUUGCGCGCCCUUCGGCUCAAGAAUGGCUUUCUGGGGUGUUGAAGUGAAACCCUUAAGACCUUUCACUCACCCACCAAACGGUACCAAAGGAAGACUUCAUGUCUCGCAGGCAACGUUGGGGAUUGGUUCUGGCACAAAUAAAAGUGUUGUUCAGUGUAAUGUGGGAAACAAGAGCCCCGUGUUUCUAUGCUCUUUGUUUCCUGAGAAGAGCGAGUCUUGUCAGCUCAACUUGGAGUUUGAGGAGGCUGAUGAGGUUGUCUUUUCGGUAAUUGGUUCCCGGAGCGUCCACAUCACCGGUUACUACUUGGGAAAUGGUCGUUUCUCCCAUAUGAAUGAGGAGUCAGAAUCAUUCGGGGAAGAUAUUGCUGCAACAGAAUCAGACAGAUCUAUGGAUGAUGAAGAGUAUGAUGACAGCUUCAUCGAUGAUGACAAUCCAACUGCAGUGCCACCUUCUCCUUUGCCAAAUGAGGAGAUGUCGAAUGAAGAGAGCUCUAAGAAGAGCAACGUCAAGCGGCGGAGGCUGAAGAAAACGUAUAGAUUGAGUGAAUCCGAUAAAGAGGAUAGACCACCACAGAAUAAUGUUGAUGUCAAGGAACAACUCCAAUCAUCAGAUAGCGAAGACAUAGUCGAUGAGUUCUUCAAGUCUCUGUCUAAGAAGCAAAAUGACUCAAAAAUAGCUGAUAAAGAGGAUAAUUCACAGGGAUCUCAUGAUGAUAUUGAAUAUAAGGCAAAGGAAGAUCACAAUAUUGCUGAAAAAUUGACAGCUGGUGAUCCUUCUGCUCCCAUGAGUGAAAGUGGUGACCGGGAACUCACUAAAAAAGGGAAAAGGAAGAAGAAAGAGCAAUCUGAGAAUGCUCACUCAGAAAUCAAGGAAGUUCCGUUAGAAGCUCAAGGUGAUAUCAAUGAAGAGGGAUCUAACAAGAAGAAAAAACAGAAGAAACGGAAGAAAAGUAAAACACUAGAGAAUGAAAUUAAUGUCAAAGUAGCGAUACCUGCUGAUAAAGACAAUGGAAAGAUCAGUUUUAAAGGGGAUACUGAGAUUCAGGCAUCACAAGUUAAGAAGUUUUCAAAUGGAUUAAUCAUGGAGGAGCUAGAACCUGGAUUUCCCGAUGGAAAAAUUGCAGUUUGUGGUAAAAAGAUAACUGUACAUUUUGUUGGCAAGAUAAAGGAGAGUGGGCAGAUAUUUGAUUCAAAUAUCGGAAAAAAGCACUUGAAGUUCCGCCUUGGUUCUGGAGCAGUAUUGGAGGGUUGGGAUGAUGGUCUUGAAGGUGUUCGAGCUGGUGGCAAGAGAAGGCUCAUCAUUCCCCCAUCUCUACGCGAAGGAAGUGACAAACUCAAAGAUAAGAGUGUGAGUCCAGAAUCGUGGCUGAUAUAUGACAUUGAAGUGGUUCGUGUGCGGUAAUGGAUUCCUCUAAAGCUUUGCUGGUCUUCUGUAGAGAUCAAACGAUGAACUGCAAGGCGAAACGCAUAUGAAGUCCAGAACGGGAUGGGUUUGAAACGCGAGCUUUUUUUUUUGGGAGGUUGUAUUAUAAGCCAGAGAAGAUAGUUUUUUGGGAGCUCGAUUUUGUUCUUAAAAAGCUUCAUUUUGUUCUUUGCUUUCUCUAGAUGGAGGUGUAAAUUCUCGGGUUUUUGUUCUCUCAUGUUGAAAAAAUUUACGAGGCUUUUGGCAUGGAAAAGGCCCUGGUUUUGAGAAUAGGGAGCAGGUUCUCCGUAGAAGAGAGCAUGUGGAACGCUUUUGCUGCAUAUCAAUACAUGACGGUAGUUCUUUCUCAAUUUUAGGA